UGGAGGAGAAGGAAACAAACUUUUCAAAAAUACAUCCAAAUAUCAAUCUUCAAAAAAUGCUGAAACUCUUUGUCAUUGUACUCUUGGCCACAUUGGCUGUUGUUCGCGCCGAUGAGGAGAAAUUCUGUGCUGGAUGUCCAAGUGACUUGAAAGCGGAAGAUGCCGCUGCUGAACUGAACAAAUCUUUAGCUAAAUUGGCCGCUGGUGAUGGACCCCACUACAAAUUGGGUAAAAUCCAUACUGCCUCCAAACAAGUGGUUCGUGGUCUAUUGUAUAGAAUCAAUGCUGAUUUGAUUGAUGAGAAUGAUAAGACCAAAACCUGUGAUAUCAAAAUGGUUUUCUACCAAGGCGUCGAGGUUACCUUCAAUUGUCCCGGUGAAGAUGAGGUAAAGAAAACUCAUGACUAAGUGUGGUGAUUAGAUUGCGAUCAACGACAUGAAAAAGCAAAAAA